UCUGUAAGUCUUAGAUUGAGUCUAUAGGUUUGUCAGUCAGGGGUCAGAGUCUACGUGGUGAGGUUUGGAACCACUAACCCGGUUGUACACUUAUCACCAUGGUUGAGACCCGCCAACGGACGAUUACUACCCCUUAUACUGCUGAGCAGCAAGCAAAGAUGGCCGCCUUAGUGAAAGAGAACAGGGAGAGACAAGAGCGUGAAAAGCAGGCGAAGCUAAAGGCUAUCGCAGACGAGCGGGCGGCAAAGAUGAAGGAAGUGGAGGAGGAGAUGAAGAAGAAGGAGAAGGCUGUUGAAGAAGAAGCGGCAGCAGAAGAGGAAAAAGAAAGGAUGAGGAUUGAAAGCAGAGAAGGGAGCAGUGGCACGAAGAAGGACACAGACGCUGAGAUUGAGAAGAAGAUCAGCGAGUGGGUUGCUAACUUAUCGUUGGGGGAAGAUGAAGAGGCGGAGUCAUAUGUGACUGAGGAUGAGAAGGCCGCAUUGGCCGCUGAGCUAGCAACCAUGACAGAUCCAAUGGAGCGAAGAGAGAGGGAAGACGAGCAAAAGUUGCAGUGGAAGCUGAGAAUGAAGAGGGAGAAGAGGAGGAGGAGAGAAGAAGUGAAUAAGAUGACCGCAGCAGUCGCGAAGGUGCAGGAAUGUAGAGCGGAGGUAUUGGCCCAGCCAGAUGAUAAGGCCAAGUGGGAUAAGGUACUGGGGUACCUGGAAGUGUUGAGCAAGGCCUGGAUGGAGGAGCGCCAGGCUAGUUGGAGUCAGGAUGUAGCAUUGAGUGCCAUGCGGUUAGGAUUUAGAGAGUUUGCGCGCGAGAUCGUCACCCACAUUGGGGGCGAAGUGAAACAGUUGAGGGACAAUGUAGGGAAGUAUUGUGAAGGCGCCAUUGAGGGUGCCAAAGCCAUAGCUGCUGCAGAGGGCGAAGGUAGACCCCGCAAAGAGCCUGUAAAGCUCAAGUUUCCAGGCGCGUACGGGGGAAAGAAGGAAGAAAACUUUGACAACUGGGAAGCCACUGUCAACAGUUAUAUCUAUUUGCAGCAUAUCCUAACUGAGGAGCAAGUCCUCGUGGCCUUCCAAGCCCUCAAGGACGAACCAGCUAGUUUCGCUAGGUCUCUUGCGCGUACAGCCGGUUGUGAAAACAACCUGGUUGCGUAUUCCAAAGUCACUCCUCUCUCCCAAUUCCUCAAGCUCCUCAAGGAGCGGUUCGCUGACMCAACKCGAGGCAUUARAGCCUCUGAUAAGCUCCAAACGAUUCACUCUCGGCAGUGGAGGAGUGCUAAGGCACUCAAGGGUACUAUGGACGACUUGGUAGCCGUCUUGGGGAAGCUUAGAGAGGCUAACUUCAAGAUCAACGCGAAGAAGUGUGAGUGGGCCAAGACACAAGUCCUGUACUUGGGCCACAUAUUAGACGGAGAUGGCAUCAAGCCAGAGGACAGCCAGAUAGUGGCGAUUAGAGAUUGGCCAACGCCCCGCACAUUGACACAAUUGCGGUCAUUCCUAGGCCUAGCUAACUACUACAGGAAGUUCGUGAGGAACUUCUCCACUAUCGCCGCUCCCUUGCGCAGGUUGUUGAAGAAAGAGACAAUCUGGCAAUGGGAUAAAGACUGUACGUCUGCGCUCAAGAAGCUAAAGCGCGCAUUAAUAGAGUAUCCUGUCCUCAAGGUUGCAGAUCCGUCCUUGCCAUUUGUCGUCACCACGGACGCGAGUCUGUAUGGGAUAGGCGCCGUGUUGCAACAAGAUGACGGCAACGGCUAUAGACCCAUAGAGUUCAUGUCCGAGAGGAUGCCCUGUGAGAAGGUCGCUACCUCCACGUAUGAGAGAGAACUCUACGCUCUCAGGCAGGCUUUAGACCAUUGGAAGCACUAUCUGCUUGGGAGGCACUUCAAAGUGUAUUCAGACCACGAAACGCUUAGAUGGUUAAAGACUCAGGCCAAGAUGACACCUAAGUUGACUAGGUGGGCCGCAAAGAUAGACCAAUUCGACUUUGAGCUCAAGCCAGUGAAGGGCAAGUACAACAUAGUUGCGGAUGCUCUGAGUAGGAGAUUAGACUACUUUGGAGCUGUACUACACUAUCUGGAUAUAGGGAGAGACCUGCAGGGGAAAGUGAGCCAAGCAUAUGCGCAGGACCCUAUCUAUAGCGACCUCCUAAAAAGAGUUAGAGAGGCCCCAGAGACUGAACCAGAUUACCGCACUACAUAUGGGUUGUUGUUUGAGAAGACUACUGUGUUUGACUGCCUGUGCGUUCCCAACAGCGAAGAGAUCCGCAGUUUGAUUUUAGGGGAAUGCCACGAUACUGAAGGGCAUUUCGGUUGGCAAAAGACAUUAGCCAACCUGAUGCGUGCGUAUACCUGGCCAGGGAUGAAGAAUGACUGCAUAGAGUAUGUCCGCAGUUGUAAAGUGUGCCAGAGAAAUAAGUCUACUACACGCGCGCCCUUAGGUCUUCUCAGGCCCUUGCCUAUUCCGGAUCAGCCGGGAGACUCAGUGUCUAUAGACUUCAUGGACACGAAAGUCAAGAGUAGACAUGGUGAGGUUUUCAAACCUCACCUCUUGGUUUCCAAGUUGAAGAACAAGCCAGAGGUAAGCGGAUCAGUCCUUGUUGAUGUAAACAACUCUGGCAUGUGGAGUGGCGGCACGAUCACAUCAUACCUCAAGGAUACGAUCGAGUGCACGCGUCAGACAACGUUUGAAAGAGAACAUGUGUUGCUUCUCAUGGACAGUUAUGGUCCGCACCUGAAACUGCGUGAAAAUACAAAACUGCAGAGGCAGAACAUUCAUGAGCUGAUCAUCCCACCGAACUUGACCAGUGUGCUCCAACCGCUUGACGUUUGCGUCAACAGAUCCUUCCAACAUCAUUACGCUCAAAAGUAUGAAGCAUAAAUGUCCUUCUUAUUGAAUGGUGACAGACUGGGUCUGUGAGUGGGUGAAAACGCAAACAAAGGAAAACAUUGCAA